AAUCGGGGAAGAGCAGUCGACGGGGGAGAGUAGAGGUGGCACCCUCUUCCUGGUGGCUUUCCCAGUAGUGGUAUUGAGGUCGGUAGUAAGGGUAGGAAACAGGUCAGGUUAGGUCAGGCUAGCGAUGGCAUGGAGGUUGGCGGUAAGGGUAGGAGAGCAUAUCAUGGAGGCAGUUUCAUGGGACAUGGCUCUCGUAGCCAUGGCUAUGCGAUUCCUAGCUGAGGUAGCAGUACAUCAUCCCAUGGCAAGACCUUCUCAUCCUCUCAUACAUGGCUUCUCGAAAGGUGAAAAAAAUCUUUGUGCUCAUGAUUGUUCUAGUACAAGAAGGAAAAAAGAAGGUGAUGAAUGCAAUAUGAUAUUGGGUGUGUCAAAAGGUGAAAGGCUUUCUCAUAGAGGAUGGGACUUUGAAAGCAAAUAUAUUGCAAUUGAAACUUAAAGAACGUUAUAAGGUGCACAUCCCCUACAAGAGAGUAUAUAUGGGUAGAGAGUUAGCAUUGAAUCAACUUUAUGGUGGUUGGGAUAACAGCUUUAAUAAUUGGUAUGUUCAAAGCACAAGUUGAGAGUUGUUGUCCUGGUAGCUUAGUAACUAUUGAUAAUCACACAGUAAAUGGAAAGAUCAUAUUUAUAAGAUUGUUCUUUGCCUUAAAACCUUGAAUAGAGGGCUUCCUUAAUGGUCACAGACCUUACUUGGUAGUAGAUAUCACAUUCUUAGCAUGCAUGUUCAAGGGACAGUUUACUAGUGCUUCCAUUGUUUAUGGACACAAUUGGUUGUAUCUUGUUUGCUUUGGGGUAUUGAAAGGGAAAUGUGUCAUUGGGCCAUUUCUAAGUAUUUUGGUGAUUAAGUGACCAACACAAAUGGUUAUGUGUUAAACUAUGCCAAAUGGUGGACAAAGUGCAAAUCAAUACAAAGGUAUGAUUCUAGACUUAGUACAUUGAUUUUUGUGUACUAACAUAUUUGUCUAAGUGCUAGAAUCAGAGAAAAGACAAAUGGAAAAGACUUGGCUCGAGCAGCCAAGACUCUACUCAGUCUGGGUGCACCGGACUGUCCGGUGGUGCACCGGACAGUGUCCGGUGCGCUAGGCUGGCUCUGGUGAAAAGGCUGCUCUCAGGAAUUCGUCGGUGGCGUACGACUAUAAUUCACUGUACUGUCCGGUGGUGCACCGGACUGUCCGGUGAGCCAACGGUCGGUCGCGCAAUCCGCGCGUGACGCGUGGCCGGGCCAACAGUCUGAUGGGGGCACCAUACUGUCCGGUGUGCACCGAACAGUGUCCGGUGCGCCAACGGCUCCAAAUCAUCAACGGUCGGCUGCGCCAGAAUAGGAAAGAGAUCUACUGAGAGCACCUAGAGGGGGGUGAAUAGGUGAUCCUGUAAAACUUUAAACUUAAGCCACAAAAACUUGGUUGGGUGUUAGCACAAUAACCGCCAAGUGGCUAGAGAGGAGUCUCAACAAUACAAUAACCACGAAGAUAUC